GGAGAGAGAGAGAUCGACAGGGAGAGAGAGAGAGAGAGAGAGAGCUGAAGUCAUCAGCGGGCUGAGGGAAGUGAAUGGGUCCUGCACGCAAAGCAGAAAAGCGCUGAAACUGUGGAGAUUUACUUUGGUUCAGUUGUAGCUCAGCGAGAAGGAGGAGGUGUGCGCUUGGUAGCUAGAGCAACGCGAGCUGUUUAACGUAAAAACUUAAUUUGGUUUUUCUGUUGUUGGUCCCGUAGUGGCUUUUACGUCAGCUGAUGGUCAGAUGAAGCCGAGACCCUCGGCAUAUUAGCGCAGUCUGUACACCGGGACGCACGGCGCAUCUCUUCUGAGAAAGACUUGGAGAGGGAGGGAAAGGUUCAUUUGGAGUUCUACAAAUGGAUUUAAUCCCUCAAACUUCUCGAGAGUCACGAUAAAGCUUCAUCAAUCAUUCUAUUUUUCUUUGCGACCUUCAUUGAUGUUUGAUUCUGCUUUUCUCCUCCUCUCAACGGAUGAAAAUCCAUCUUUUUGGCGUGGUUGUUUGGUUUUUGUUUGGGGGUUUUUUGUUGGGGGGGAUGUUCUUUAUUACUACAAGGAUAACGGAUCCCUAACUCAGUCUGGCUUUCUUGGCACAUAUGUGGACCUUAUCCAGGAUGUUACAGUCUAAGCGGCCCAGGCAUCAUUGGGCCACUGUACAUUACCAUCACCACAUAUCACCACAUUGCUGGGGGUCCCGCUGUAUCUAGGAAUUACCUGCAAUCCCGCCUCUGUCUUGGUCUGGGGACAGAAAACGGAAUCUUAUUAAUAAGUGUUUUGGCGAACAUUGACAUUGGCUUUACGAGUCUCACCUCUGGGCUACUAUGCAAUUACAACUCUCCUUUGUUUUGAUCAUCUUGCACUGCAUGGAUUACAUUGGUUGUCAGCAGCACAGCAGCUCCAGGCACCGGCAACAUAAACCGAUCUCUGGUGUGAGCUCAGGGUGCCAGCAGGGUGGCUGUCUGACCUGCUCUGACUACAAUGGCUGUCUCUCCUGCAAGCCGCGCUUCUUCAUGCAUUUGGAGAGGAUUGGGAUGAAGCAGAUCGGGGUGUGCAUGACUUCCUGUCCGCCAGGCUUUUAUGGCACACGCUCUCCUGAAAGAAACACCUGUACAAAGUGCAGGUCGGAGUGCGACUCCUGCUUCAACAAGAAUUUCUGCACGCACUGCCGAGCAGGGUUCUACCUUCACCUGGGCAAGUGCCAGGAGAACUGCCCUGAGGGCAUGGUCCGCAGCGACGCACAGAGGGAGUGUAUUCUCAAGUGUCCUGCAGACUGUGAGUCAUGUGUGAGCAGCGACACGUGUAAGCAGUGCCGGCCGGGCCUAUACCAGCUCAGUGGGAUGUGUUACCAUGUCUGUCCAGAGGACUAUGAGCCCAAUGACAAACUCAUGGAGUGCAUACCGCAAGUGCACUGUGAGGUGGGUGAAUGGAGCGAGUGGAGCCCCUGCUCUAAAUCUGGUAGAACCUGUGGCUUCAAGCGGGGCCAGGAGACCCGCACAAGGCAGGUCAUGCAGUACCCGUCGUCCUUUGGCAAACCCUGCCCUGAAGGCUCUGAGAUCAGAGAGUGCAUGGUCAGGAGGAGGAAAUGUCCAGGACGGAAGAAGAAUGAGCGGAGAGAAGGAAGGAAUCGCAACAACCGCAAAGAUAAGGAGAAUCAGGAGGGGAGGCGGGAGAGGAAGAGAGAAAGGGAACGAGAGAAGGAGAGAGACACGGGUGAACGUGAAGAUUCUGUUAACAGGAACAAAACAGAGCACAGGCACCGCAGAGGCCACGAGACAGAGCUAGUCUCACCUGUAGACGGCUCUAUCCAGUAGUGCUCAGGAGAGAUAACAUCCAAUGCCUCACCACCUUACUUCUGUCAUCUUCCCAUCCUUCGUGCUCCAGAACUUCCCCGCCCUCACCUCUGUUUGCCCCCCUCACAACCUCUCUCUGCAGGGGUGUUGCUGCUACCUGUAUGAUUUGAAUAUACUGUUUAUGCACAAGCAGGACGGGGCACAUUCAGCCAAAAGGCUGGAGCCACUGUUGAUUUCAGCUCCUCUUCAACCGCUGAGAACGUCUCUUAUGAAAAGUCCAGGAGACACUGCUGAGACUGCUGUUGGGACUGCAGAACACUGAGAAUUGUCUGUCACAGUGUGGAGGACUGUCAGACAAAUGUAAUGAGAAACAAAGACAUUACACGUUUGUUGAAAUGGUUAUUUAAUAGGGCUCUGGUACAACAUUGUGCAUCUUGGAUUUUGAAUGUAGAUUUUCCAGCAUUAUGUAGAAGAAUUCUCAUUAUUGUUGUUCCUGUUCUUUAGAUCUCUUUAUUUGGUGCAGAUUUUGUAAAGAAAAAAAUAAAAAGUGAGGGUUUUUUUUUUUGCUCUUUCCAUCUCAUGACAUCUUCAUAAUCACUACAGCUGAGGGAGACCUACCUUGUUAGGCAACUGCAUCUUUGCAGUAUUUGCAAGAUCAUUAGAAUAUUCACUGUAAGCAAACUAUCUGGUGUGCCAAGCUAAAGGGGAACCCGCUUGGUAUGAAUAAAAGGAUUAUGGUCAUAAAGUUUCAAAUGUAUGCAUGUCUGGUGGAAAUGUUAAUUUUAUUCAGAUAAGUGAUAAAUCUAAUCUACCACUGGUUUUACUUGUGUAAAUAGAAGCUCUCAAUACAGUUCGACUAGGAACCAAAACACUUUUAUGUCAAAUAAAACUAUAAUGGGUUUGUACCUGUGACUGCUUUAAUCUCUCUUUUUUGCCCCUUCGCCUUCAUCUUGUGCAGUCCAACCAAGUAUUAGCUGAUCUCAAAUAGAAAGUGAAACUCAGUACUCAGAUGCCACGCUCUCCAUUUGGCUUAGAUCUGAUUGCAGUAGUAAGAAGCUAUGGCCUUGAAAACUUACUUUAAAAAAGAAAAAAAGAUACUGGGAGCCCAUCUUUUUGUAGCUGAAGCUACUCUGGCAAAAUAUACUUGAAUAAAUUCAAGUAUAUGAAGCUACUGAAGCUACUCUGGCAAAAUAUACUUGAAUAAAUUCAAGUAUAUUUUGCCAGAGUAGCUUCAGCUACAGAAAGAUGGGCUCCCAGUAUCUUUUUUUCUUUUUUAAAGUGCAUUAUUAAAUUUGUGUGCAUUUUUGAAUAAUCCAUAACCCAAUUUGGUCAGUUUAAACAAGUAAACGAAUAUGAGAUAUGAAAUGUAGGAUAGUCACAUCUGGGUGUACCCAUUCAAGCCAUUUUGUGCAAAAAUAAAUAAAGAAACAUUUUAAAGCUAAACUGUUUAUUGGUGAAGUGAUUAUUUUUGCUCAACAGCAGCAUCUACUGCAUUUUGCAUCAGGCAUGACAGUAUUUCCUCCUCAUUCAUUUAGCAGAGAAGUCUCCACUAAUGUGGGGUUGCACAUGAAAAUAUAUGAAAUUCUGAUUUAAAUUUACUUUUGCAAAAUAUAGACAACAUUACAGUAUGUACACAAAUCUUAAGUGCAAGAUAAAGCAAUGUUUGAGAAGAGAACAUUAAUUAUACAUAACAAAUACAACCAAGUUCAAAAGGAUGAUAUCUGAAUCAAGAUGAGUCUAAAUCAAAAACGACAGAGGAGACACUGACAGAUGAAGAUUUAGCCAGAUGCCUUUAAAUAGACUGAACAAAUUCUCAAUCACAGCUGUUUUUUUUAAGGGGGUCAACUGUUCACUUCAAGUUGGCGACAAAAUCCUCGCCCUUCUUGAUAGAGGCCUUCAGCUCACCGAUGGCGUCAGCAACCAGCUUCUCCUCAAAGGCGGACAACUUGCCGAGGCCAAGGUUCUUCUCAAUGCCGUUCUUCCCCAGAAGGAUAGGUGUGGAGAAGUACUUGCACUCUGUCUCCUCAGACCUGACAAAGGAACACUCCACCACUCCCUCUUUUCCAUUCAUGGCAUCCAGGACGGAGAAGGUGAAGCGGGCGCCAGCAUAGGCCAUCGAGAGGGUUGCAGAUCCAGCUCCAGCCUUGGCCUUGACCACCUCUGUGCCGGCCUCCUGGAUCCUUUCAGUCAGGGCCGAGAGCUGGUCAGCAGGGAACUCCACUUUAGGUGUGCACUGGGAAAUGAGGGGAAUGAUGGUCUUCCCAGCAUGGCCUCCAAUCACCGGCACAUUAACACGAGCAGGAUCCAGGCCCUUGAGCUCUGCAACAAAGGUGUUAGCUCUUACAAUGUCCAAGGUUGUGACACCAAACACUUUGUUGGGGUUGUA